UUCUCCAUUUUAAUGUCCAAUUGUCAACUGCUGGGAUAAGACUGCUCUUGGUCGCUUCCAUCAAUGGAGGUCACUUCUCGCCUCCUAAACAAGAAUGGCGAUGUGCAUGCAUCCAGAAUAUUGUUAAAGAGGCCACCAAAUCUUUUGUUUGCAUGUUCGAAUCCAAUAAUUUACUGUGGCCACCACUGCCGCUCCUUGAAAAGAAGACCAGCCUGGUUUUCUGAGCUCCCAUCUUUUCCUUGUAGCUUCGUAACCAUGAAUUCGAUCGCUGGUUCCAUCCCCUCCCUUGGCAUCUCAUGAGCCUUCAUGGAGCUUCGAGGUUCGGUGCGCAUGGUGGAUGGGUCAGCAGUAGUUGGUGGUUCUGGUUCAUCAGAAGGUGGCAGCCUUCUAUCCUGCUGUCUGACCACCUCCAGUAGUACGACCGAGGGCCGCUGCAAGCCAAAGGGGCAGGGGCUCCUCGGUUGUGCCUUUCAGAGGACUGCUGAGCUUGAUGGCUGUGAUUGCAGAUCGCUCAAGAUGGCCCGGACAGAGGCAACGGUGCCUCCCUUCGACUCGGUCCUCUCCGAUGGGGAGCAAAUGCUGAGCUUCUCUGCAACUUCCAAGGAAGAUAGCUUUGCGUUAGCCUGUGAUGGAGCUCUCCCUUCUUAUCACCCUUCUCCUCCAUCAUCUUCCCCAAAAUCUUAUCUUUGGAACGCAGGGUUGUAUUCCGGCGGCCACGAUGUGAAUGCCAAUGGUGUUUUGGCAAGGGUGAAGGGGCCAUUCACACCAUCUCAGUGGCUGGAGCUAGAGCACCAGGCCUUGGUUUACAAGUAUAUUGUUGCAAAAGUACCAAUACCACCUAAUCUUCUCGCCCCCAUCCAGAGAAGCCUGGUCUCUUCAGGGAUCUCUCGCUUCUCAGCUGGAUCUUUUGGUUCGAGUGCUUUUGGUUGGGGAUCGUUCUACUUGGGAUGCUCUGGGAAUGUUGAUCCGGAGCCGGGUAGAUGCCGUCGAACUGAUGGGAAAAAAUGGCGGUGCUCGAGGGAUGCAGUCGCUGACCAGAAGUACUGUGAGCGUCACAUAAACCGGGGCCGCCGCCGUUCAAGAAAGCAUGUGGAAGGCCAGUCUGACCAUGCCGCGAAAGCGAUGCCUGUUGCAUCCCCGUCACAGUCAGCCUCACCAGUUUCCGGCAGUCGACCGCCUAGUAAUAUCAGAGCUUCACAAUCACAGACUAAAACUGUCAAGUCCGCCGCCGGCGAUCCUCGGCCGGCGCCGUUCGACACGAUGUGGCUGAGCAAGGAAAACACAAAUGACCAAGUGCAAGAUGCUGCGAACUCGGAAGCCAUGACAUCGAAGUCCGUUUCAAGAAAACAGAGUGCGAGUUCUUUAUCCGAUAUCAAUUUUUUACCCACACUGAAGCUGGAUGACAUACAAUCCCAAUCCAAUCCUCUUUGUCACUUCAUCGACGACUGGCCCAAAACCCAAUCCGACUGCUCAACCAUUACCUGGCCCGAGAUUGAAGACAUGCGAUCUGAAAGAGCUCAACUUUCCAUGUCGAAACCCCUGGCUUCCUCUGAAUUCUCAUCCUUCACUGCUCCAAACCGAGAAAGUGAUACAGACUUACCCCUUAGUCUGUCUCUUGAAGCAGACCAAAGACGAGCGAGUUGGAUUCCCAUCUCCUGGGAGAUCUCCAUGGGUGAUCCUCUCGGCGAGGCCCUUAAAAACACUAAUAACGCGACCAAGGUUCAGAGCAAGACCUGCUCAUCAUCAACAUCACUCUACCUCCUGCCCGACUGCUGGGACUCAAUCCCGCGGGUGGGCUCUCUUACAAGCAGCACAGUGAGUAGCCCGAGGACAGAGAACACGGCCAACAAGAGCACUGGAAGCUUGUGCAACGAUCUCCUUGGCCCAACCAUUGUAGGUCAUCCAACCAUGCAUUAGCUUAUACAUUCUCUACCUCAAUGCAUCAUGGAAGCUGAUGAUUAUACGCUUGAAAAUUUCCAAUAUGGUUCUGUAGCUACAUGUUAUAUUUCCCUUCCUCCCUCUUCAGUUUUUUUGGAUCGAGAUGGUCUUUUUUUAUAUACAAAAUUGGAGCCAUUUCCCAAGUGCGUUGUAUUCGAUUUGAAUCUAAUCUAUAUUGUGUGGAUGCUGCAAUGUGUAACCUGAAGUUUAAUUCAAAGAAAAUGGAUCGCAGAUGCUUGUAA